CUGCCUUGGCUGGUUAGACUAUGAGCUCCUUAGGGCAGGGCCUGGCCCAUCAGGGCUCUGAUCUCAGCUGGGGCAGGGCCUGGCACAACAGGGCCCUGAUUUCAGCUGGGGCAGGGCCUGUCUCUCACUGUGUAUGGGCAGCACCUGGCACAAUGGGGGCUCCGAAGUUGGUGUCUUGUUUCCCCCUGUAACAGUCCCUAAUGCUAACGAGUCUGGCAGGGGAAUGGGCAAGACCACGGGGUAGUUUGGAGACAUCGCUGUGGGACAGUAGAAGCCAAAUGGAAAACUGCCUCACCGUGCCAGGGGUGCCCUUGGCAGCUCCCUCACCCCCCAUUGGCUUGGAGACCCUGAUGCCAGGACUAGAGCUUGGAGCCUGCUGUCAGGGAGGAUCAAUUCCCCCCCCCCUUCCCCCGCCCAGGGAGUCUUGUCCCUUGGGGGGGCACAGUGUCCUGCCGGGGUCUGUUGUCACCCACGGAGAGGCCUCCCUGCUGGGGUCCACACUGGGGCAGGGGACGCUGGUCUGCAUUGGAGACUGGAGGUGAUUCAUGGCAACAGGUGGAUCCAAAGCUGCCCCUUUCGUGUGCACAUUGCCAGGGGCCUGCUCUGUGUCUUCCCUGCAAUGCUCAUGGAGAGCAGCCACCAAGCCCCAGAGCAGGGGAAGUAUUUCCUGUAAACAGUCUUUUGACAUGAUGCACUCCAUCCUUUCCACAAGAGCUGCAGCCUGGGGCAGUUUAAAGCUCAAGGGGCGUCCAUGCCACCCCCACGCACAGCCCUGGCAGGCAGCCAUCUUCGAACGCGCCAAGUACAACUGCGGUGCCACCCUCAUCAGCAGUAGAUGGGUCCUGACUGCAGCCCACUGCCUGACUGGCCCCAUCCAUGUGCGCCUGGGGGAUUACAACCUGUAUGUCCGUGAGGAGACCGAGCAGGACAAAGCUGUGGCCAAAAGCAUCAUCCACCCCGGCUACAACUGCACGGACCACGACAACGACGUCAUGUUGCUCAAGCUGCAGACCCCGGCCAGGCUCAGCCGCUACGUCCAGCCGCUAGGCCUGGCCUCCCGGUGUGCGGAGCCCGGCGAGCUGUGCUCGGUGUCGGGGUGGGCCACCGCCCUCAACGCUCCCGAAAACAUCUCCGUCAUCCUCUACUGCACCAUGGUCCACAUUGUCUCCGAGGAGCAGUGCAUGGCCAACUUCCCCAGGCAUGUCAACGGGAACAUGGUCUGCGCAGGCUUGAAGGGCGGGGGCACGGAUUCCUGUGAGGGCGACUCCGGCGGCCCGCUGGUGUGUAACGGGAAGCUGCAGGGCGUCGUGUCUUGGGGCGACGUGCCCUGCGCCUCCACCAUGAAACCCGGCGUUUACAUGAACGUCUGUAAAUACUACGACUGGCUGCUGGCCACCAUGUGCGCAAACUGAGCCCCUACCUGCUUACGACUGGGACCCCAGAAUAAACCAGGUGCUUCUCCCUUGAGCCUCAGCAUCUCCCACCCCCCGCCUUGGCCUGUGCAUCCCACGCGCCUGCUCACGAGUGGUUUUUUCCCUCCGUCAAUAACUUUGAAAGAAAAUUGCUUAUUUUUAAAAUUCUACUGGAAAUUUUUUUCACUUCAGUUCCCCAUUUUUUGAUAAAAAUGCUCAAAACCGACCUCUUUCCCAACGUUCCUUUUGCAUUUUCAUUUCAUUUUUUUUCAAUUUUCAAGUCAACCCCCUCCCCAAAAAUCUAAAGUGGGAGAGAAGAUGGGUGUGGGCUGUUCCUCCUUCACUUUCUCUCCCUUCCUUGGGGGGAAUUAGCUAAAAAAAAUUUUGGGGGGUAAAAAAGUGAAAAACGUUGAAUGUGACAAAAUCUUUUUUUCACCCGAGAAAAGGGGGGGAAGUGAAAAAAAUUUACUCAAAAUUUGUUUUACCGGAAAAAUGAGGUAAAAAAGUGAAAAAAGUGUA